CUGCAAGAAGAUAAAACUACGAUUGCGACGUCAUGAAACUGUUCCUCCUCUUCGUUCUUGUGUGUCUGGCGGCACCCUCUGUUGGGUGGAGAUUCCGCUGGAAAUGGGUGGCUGCAGCAGCAGCCGGUGCGUUGCUUGGGAAAAGAGAUAUUGAGGCCUUCGACCUCAACAAGGACGGGUAUGUUGAUCAGGCAGAAGCCGAGAAACAACUGAGCACCAGAGAUGCUGAAAGCCUCAUGAAGAUGGCUGAUAAAGAAGUAGAUGGGAGGUCGGCUGUAUCUGUGAAGGAAUUUGCACGCUAUCUCCAAGAUGUCCAGCAGGAUCCUGUUAAUUAGGGAACUGUACCUGGUACCUGGAUGGAUUCCAUGCGUAUCUAUAAAACGAAUUCUGAUCGACCGGUUUGAAUCUCAUUGUGAUAAUUAAUUGGUCAUCAGUAUACGUGGUCUUUAGUACGGCAAUAAACAUUUAUUGUUUGAAA